AUGCCGAAAACCGUAUGUAUCGUUGGCGCCGGGCCCUCCGGCCUCGUCGCCGCCAAGACCCUCCUGCAGCAGGAAGGCCCCGGCUUCCACGUCACCCUCUUCGACGCGCAGCCGCGGAUCGGCGGGCUCUGGCCCUCGUCGCCGCGCGGAGAGGCCGCCGUCGCCGCUACCGGGCUCGUCCACCCGCUCAUGCGCGCCAACCAGAGCCGCCACACCGUCCAGUUCAGCGACCUGGCCUGGGACGCCGCCGACCCGCAGUUCCCGCCCGCCUGGCAGGUCGGCCGGUACCUGAGCCGGUACGCGGAGCGCUACCUCCUCACCGCCGCCGCCGGUGCUGCUGCUGCUGCCGCCAUCCGCCUCGGGUGCCGGGUGGAGACGGCGGAGCCGGUGGUACCCGGAGAUAGCGCCAGGGGGUGGAGGGUCACGGUGCGGGACGUGGCCGAGGACCGCGUGGAGGACGCCGGCGUGUUUGAUUACCUCGUCGUUGCGUCCGGGUUCUUCAGCAAGCCCAUGAUCCCCGCUGAGCUGUCCCUCUCGCCGGCCGCCGAGGUACCUGUCAUCCAUAGCAGCCGAUAUCGCGACUUGGAGGGUCUGCUUGAGAAGGCAUCGGGCCAGGGUGGCAAGAUCGUCAUCGCCGGCGGGCAGAUGUCUGGUGUUGAGAUCGCCGGCACGAUUGCGACGCAUCUCUCAUCCGCAGUCAACUCCCCAGGCACUCCUUCCAUUCCCAACGCGGACAAGUACACGAUCCACCACAUCAUCCAGCGACCUUCCUGGACAUUCCCUCUGCUUACAUCGCCGAAGGCGGGCCACGCAGCAGCACCUUUCCUACCCUGCGACCUGCCAUCAUACAACCUCUCUAACCGACCCCGUCCGCUGGUGAACAAACAAGGCCACAUCAGCAUUGAGGCCGCGCAGACGGCCAACAGCGUGUUCCAAGGCGUCAUCGGCACGGACCAGUCGGACUUCUCCCCCCAGCUGGCCAUCGGGGGCGACGCGCUCGACGACCCGCCCUACAUCACUUUCAGCGACACCUACCUCGAGUUCGUCCGCUCGGGGCUCAUCACCGUCUCCCACGGGAAACUCGCCGGCGUGGACGGCACGACGGCCACCCUCUCGCCCCCGGGCGAGGAGGCCAUCUCCGACGUCGCGGCCGUCGUCCUGGCCACGGGCUUCGACGCCAGCUCGGCGAUCGCCUACCUGCCCCCGCAGACGCGGGAGGCCCUCUCCUUCUCGCCCGCGCACCACCCGGACCUCCCCGUCGCCCUCGCCUUCCACGGCACGCACCACCCCUCCGUGCCGAACCUGGGCUUCGUCGGGUUCUACCGCUCGCCGUACUGGGGCGUCAUGGAGAUGCAGGCGCGCUUCCUCGCCGCGACCUGGUCCUGCGCCGCGACCGCCACGCCCCUGCCGCCGGCGCUCCGGAGCGCCCUCGAGAGGGACGACUCCGUCGAGCGCGUGCUCGCCCUGCGCGCCGACCCGGCCCGCACGUCCCAGUUCCCGAUGGGCGACUACGCCUUCCUCAUGCAAGAGUUCGCCGCGGCGCUGGGCCUCGAGAUCUCGGCGCCCGUCGGUCAGACGCCGCCCUUGCCGCACAACGGCCUGGGCAUGGACAUCCUCACGCCGGCGCGGUACGCGGCGGUGGCGGCGCAGGCGGCGGGUGGUCGGGGACGACAACAACAGGAGGAGGAGGUCGCCGCCAGCCUGCGGCAGACCUUGGACACGGCCGUCGCCGGGCUGGCGCGGGGCCGGUUCGUCGCGGCCGCCGUCUUCCGCUCGCUGCAGGGCGAGUGGUCGCUCGAGCGGGACCUCGCCAGCGCGCUGCCCUCGCACCCGAGCGGGCACUUCAGCGGCACGGCGCGCUUCCUGCUGCGCGGCGGCACGGCCGACGGGCGGCGGGGUGGUGUCGAGCAGGCGGCAAAGGACGGAGACUACGAGUUCGAGCAGCCCGGGCUCGAGUACCUCUACGUCGAGGACGGCGAGUUCAGGGCCGAGAACGGCAUGGCGUUCCGCGCCACGAGGCGGUACGUGUGGCGGUACGACGAGGCGCGCGACGCGCUGAGCGUGUGGUUCGCGCGGACCGACGACGCCAGGAGGGCCGACUACCUGUUCCACGAGGUCGAGUUCAUCGUCCCGGAGGAAGGGGAAGGCGACGACCCUGGGCGCGGGUGGCAGGCCAAGGCGGGGCAUUUGUGCGUAGAGGACUUUUACGACGUCAAGUACGAGUUCAAUUUCAAGGCGGUAAAUCUGAAGGAUUGGAGGCUGGCGUAUACGGUCAAGGGGCCUAAAAAGGACUACACGAUCGAUGGAGUUUACAGACGGGUUAGAAAGACUUAG